AUGCCACAACUAGACACAUCAACAUGAUCUAUCACAAUUAUAUCAAUAAUCAUUACCCUAUUCAUCAUAUUCCAACUAAAACUUUCAAAAUACUCCUACCCUUCAAACCCAGAACUGAAAUUAACUAAAACACCAGCACAUACAAUACCCUGAGAAUCAAAAUGAACGAAAACUUAUUUGCCUCUUUCACUACCCCAACAAUUAUAG